AUGGCUGUGAUCGGAGGCUCGUGGCUGCCAGUGGAGCUCAUCUAUGCGUUGGCCUACGAUGUCGGCGUCCUGGAGCCGCGAGAUGUGGUGGCGCUGGCGAGGACGUGCAGGGGCGUCCACGCUGUGCUCCUCGGCUCUCCGCUAGCCGGCGACUCGGAUGUACCGUCCGACGAUGUUGCCCGUGCCCUGGUCGACGCAGCUGGCGGAGGCGCCGUGCCCAAAGAUGUGCUAGCGUGGAUCGAUGGCGUGCUGGCUGAGAUGGUGGACGGUGGGGCGUGGAUCGGCUGCGAUUGGGAUGCUCUCGUGGUUGAUGGGGCACGAGCCGGCCUGGCCACCUUUGUGAGUGCGCUACUUGCUUCAGAUGGACAGAGUCAUCUCACUCCGGUGCACCUGGUAGCACUUCGGGCUGCAGCUGCAGCUGAUGCCGCAGAGGUUGUGGAGGCUGUUACUGCUGCCGCCGCGACACGGUCUGCCUUGGAUGUCAAACGAGUGGUGGAGCAGGCGCUGAUGAUGGCGGCAGCACAUGGCGCCGAUCGCACCAUUGCCGCACUGUUGGCCAGAGACGAUUGCCCUUUGCCUGGACCAGUGUCGCCUGUGUGGGGCGAGGCGCUCACAGAGGCCGCGCUUAACGGCCACUCUGACGUCGUAGCUGCGCUGCUUCCCCGGAUCGAUGGCCCAGGCUACAUUGCCAUCGUUCUCGCCGCUGCAGCCGCUGCCACCGAUGCCGAGCACUUUGAUGUUGCCGCCCUCCUCCUUGAUGCUUCAGCCGACCAAGAUCAGCCAGCCUAG